GCUUCAAAAUUCACAAGUAGGGUAUUUACUGACGUGUUUUAUGUCGUAGAACGAAACCUGAAACUCACGAGAGAACCAGAAGUGCUAAAAGCGCUAACGGAGUUCCGGGUUUACUGGCACACUCUAUUUGCCUUGGAUCAAUUCUGAACUUGUAUCCAUUUUUAGACAGAGGGAUGAAGCAUGAUCAAAAUUUCGUUUGUCAAGGAAACAUGAUGAUUGGGAAGCAUACAGACAACUAAGAAAUAUCAGCAAGACGCAAGUUUGAAAUGCAAAAUCUGAUUAUUAAGAAUAUCUAAGUGAAAAUGUCAAAAAUCCUAAACAAUUUUGGAGUAAAAUAAAAAACAUUUCAUACUUCAGAAAAAUGCUCUAUUAGUCAACUAAGAGCUGCAGACACAAUGCUGAUAGAUCCGUCACUUAUUGCAUGUGAGCUCAAUCAACAUUUUUCCUCUGUUCCAGCUUAACUCCUCAGACUGUACACAUGACUUCUAAUUUCAUCACACCUUGUCAAAGUCAUUUUUAUUUUCAUACAAUAACUCCUGUUGAUGUCUGCAGUGCAAUUUGUGACCUAAAAGAGAGCAGUGGUCUUGGACUAGAUGGGAUUGAAACCAAGUUCAUUAAAUUAGCAUCUCUUAUUCUUAAUUAUCCAUUGGCUGACCUGUUUAAUCUUUCAUUAAGUACAUGUGUAGUUCCAACUAUUUGGAAAUGUGCACGUGUAACUCCUCUCCACAAGGGUGGCGACACACUUGACCCUAAUAACUACAGACCUAUUUCAAUUAUUUGUGCCAUUGCCCAAGUAUUUGAGAAAAUUAUUACAACUAUUAUCACAAUUACAAUUAUUACAGUACCUUAAUAUCAAUAAUAUUGUUUGCGCUCUUAAAAUUAAAAUUUACCAAUGAUACUUUAUCUGCUUCUGAUCGUGGUCAUCUCACAGGAGCAAUAUUUAUUGAUCUCACCAAAGCUUUUGAUCUGGUUGAUCACUAUCUUCUGUUAGACAAGCUUCAUGCAAUUGGUCUCUCCCAACAUGCGCUACUGUGGUUUAAUUCUUAUCUUCACAAUAGAAAGCAAUGUGUUGUAUUGAGAGGAUGUAAAUCAGACCUACUUAUUCAGCAGAAUGGUGUCCCUCAAGGCUCUACCUUAGGACCACUUCUUUUCUCAAUUUUUAUAAAUGAUCUCCCACUCUGCUUCUCUAACUGUUGUGUACAAUUAUAUGGUGAUGAUACUGUUAUACAUCAGACACUCUAUACCACUAAUUCAAGAGGCCCUUCAAUUGGAGUUUAAUGUUUUUCAAAUCAGCGGCUUGUCAAGGGACUAUAUUCAACUUAUCUUGCAUUGUAACAUGCAUUAUGACAACUUAAUAAAGUUUAUGUAUGUUUUUAAAUGAAGUGGAGGAGCCUGCAAGUGUUUAGUUUGUCUCAGAGGCUCUGUGGACUGCGGACUCCGCAGCUCCGCUCAGCUGUCGAGAGAAGUGUCCUUCUGCUGCUUCUUCUUCUUGUGUAACCUUCACUGCAUGAAAAGUGGGAUUUUUGUCAGUAAGCGGCACUGUAGAUUGUCGUGGAAGUUCAUGUUUACGACUGCACACGGCAAUUUGCAGGCAACACCGAAAACUGCCGUGAAUUGUCGGAAAUUGACGCGGGCCUUGCUUGGCAGUUGUCCCCCCAUGACCCCCCUCCCCCUAAUUCUAGGGGAGGCUUUAACAUGUAAAUGAAAAUGCUGUGAGCUAUACAAAUGCAAAUCAGGGUAGCAGGGGGAGUUUUACCCCAGGUUCCAUUUUUCUAAAAGGUAUUAACUUCAUUAGAAAAUCUCUGGUAUAAAUAGAUCAGGCUCAAUAUAGCCUAAUUAUAGACUCUAAAUUUUAGCUUGAAUUGAUUUAUUCAAUGAAAGUAUGUAAGAUUAAUUACUGUGUAUGUCAUUAGCAAUGGCAUAUCAUGACAGGAUAGUAGCAGGCUCUGUACGUUAUCCGACUUGGCCCUUUUGGAUUUUUUCUCCCAAACUCCAUUUUUGAAAUAGCGCUUUCUGUGAUCAAAAAUACUGUGUAUGACAGAGUCCAGUGUUGCAAUGUUCACAGAGGCACCGAGGUCUUUUCUUCAGUCUCGGGACUUCCAUCUUUCAACUGACUGCACACCGUGUUUAUAUCACAGAGCUUCAUAGGUACACCGUGCCUGUUUAUAUCAUAAACAUAUGCGAGCUCGUCUCGCGAGUUCUUCCGUAUAACAGUGACCUCGCACGUGAUUGGACGAGGAGCCCUCGUCCAAUCAUGGACGAGGUCAUGGGCACCUCGUCCAAUCACAUGCAAAGUCAUGGGCAUGACUCAUACAGCAGUACCUGCAAGACGAGCAUAUACAGACAUGUUUUUAUUCUUGUACUCAGACCUUUUCCUCCAUUUCCUGUGUUUUAACUGCCGUUUCGUGAACUACAAUGGCUGGACGGCAUCUCACCUUCAACUCCUCUGCAUGGACACGAUCAACUCCUUUCAGGCAGUCCGCAGACCGGCGAGAAGAAACUGCUGAAUGCUAUCAGUGGACUGUCUCGUCAGCUUACUCUGCUUGCUGCCGAUGUGAAUGAGCAGUUCACUGUAGUAAACUCCAGGUUGCUCUCCAUAGAGGAUAGGUUGGCUGCUUUGGAGUCAAAAAAGUGUGUGGAAGAGACUAACUCUAAGAAGAAGAGACGGGUGCACAAUCCCAAGAUUGCGGAAGCAGUACGCUGUCUUCACAACUCGGAGACAAAUUGUAGGCGCUACGAACCGGAGCAAGCACUAACCUCGCCUCAUAACGAGGCCGUGACCUCCUAUUUGCUCGGAGCUAUGUCAGCAAGUCCAGAUUUACAUGACGCUGUUAGUGACGCCAUUGUGUCUGCCUGUAAGACAUACUAUGAGACAGUAUGCAGGAGCUUCAGGUACAGACAGCCAGAUCUCGCAUCGCAGGCGGAAACUGUGAAGAGUUCAGCUCGGAGUCGAUCGAGAAGAAAGAGGCUGCUGGAAGCAAGACAGAGUGUACUUGCCGAUGACGAGGUGGACCUUUGGAAGUGCGCCACCAUAGACCUAAUGUCCAAUGAAGAAGACGGCAUCGCUGGUGGGGUGUCUGGAUGGAUUGUGCGACCUCCAGUCUUUCGUAGCCAGGAGCUCACCGAGCUCUGUGCCUCGCUGCAGUCGAGAUUAGAGGCAAUUCCCAAGUACAGGGGAACGCACCACAGACGUCUGCAAAAUGGACCAAAUUCGGACAAAAUGCCACCAGUUACCUACAGCUUCGAGGCAGCAGACAGACACUUCACGGUGCUGUAGGAUUUUGGCCUUCUCCUGAGCUUCCCGUUUGUUGUGUGGGCAGAUUUGUACAUAGUUGUGUGUUUGUGUUUCUUCUAAUAAAGCUCUGUCUUUGAAUAAAAA